GGCAGACUGGAGCCGCACAGAGGGCAGGGCUUAACCAUUAACUAACAUUAACCAUUAAAUCAGCUGUGCAGAGCCGGUACCGCACAUAAGGCGUGCGUACCGGCUUCCACGCCUCACAAGCCUGAGCGCGUUAACAAGAGGUGGAGGAUAAAUUCAGCCGGGCACACGGAGUCCCUGUACUCAUACAGAUCAUCACUCCGGUCUGUCCGCCCCUCACACCGAGGACCGCUGGCACUCAGAGGUGACGGUCCACUCUGGUUGGAGAGAUACUUUUCCACUGUUGGUAAUUCAAUCCUCACACUGAGACCUUUAAAUAUCACAUUUGAAAACUGUCCAGCGGCCACGUGGUGUAAAGUGAGACGUUUGGAGCCCUGUGCAGCGAUCAGUCUCACAUGGACAGCAGACUGACAGCAUGACCGGUGCCACUGCAGGUCUCUGAUUUACAUAUUUUUCCAGCUUGUACUGAACUGCAAAGGACUGUUUGCAGCUGACUGCAGGGGAUUUCUGUGGUGAGUCCCCUCCCUGUUGUUUUCUAUCCUUUUCUAUGUUGAACCAGUAUGUCUUCUGUUUUUUGCCGGCCUAACCUGAGCACCUUGCAGUGAAUGGAGAACAUACUGGUUCUGCUCCCGAAGCACCGACAGGAACACGGGCUUUGCAGACGCACGGCUGCAUGUGCCUCGCUGCCGGUUUUUUUCUGGCAGAGUGUUUUUCUCCCAGUCUUUAUGACCGACCUCCACACCUUGUCGGCCUCUUUAAUGGGAUAAAUCAGUUGGACUGAUCAGGUUCAAAACCAGAUCCGGUGGUCAGUUCUGACUUUCCCACAAAACCGUUAGGCUGAGGCACGCUGACCUUUUCUUAUCAAGCCCACUGUCUUCAAAGGCUUCCGCAUGGUACUUUGGUCGAAAGAACAAGAAAAGCUCCCCGACAUCGACAUGUCCUCUGGGGCCAUUGAGAUGAAGAAGGAGGGAGGCCCCCUCACUUCGGCCUUCCUCAACUCCAACUGCACCGUCCACCCGGUGAUCCUGACCAAGGGCCCCGAAGAAGUGAGCCCGGUGACCGGGGAUGAGUUUGAGCUCACCGAGGUCACAUCUUUCCCCGAGCGAGUGAAUGAGACUGGGGAGAACGACGAGAGGUCGGAGAUUGUGGUGGCCAUGGACUGUCGGGCCAAUGCCAAAGGUCAGCGAGAGGAGGAUGCUCUCCUGGAGAAUGCGAGCCAGAGCAACGAGAGUGAUGACACCAGCACCGAUCAGAGCCCCGAACCAACAGCACCCCUCAAGGAGACCUCCUUUUCCAUCGGACUGCAGGUGGUCUUCCCCUUCUUGCUGGCCGGGUUCGGGACGGUGGCAGCAGGGAUGGUGCUAGACAUCGUCCAGCACUGGACGGUGUUCACCGAUGUGUCUGAGGUGUUCAUCCUAGUUCCUGCACUGCUGGGGCUUAAAGGCAACUUGGAGAUGACGCUGGCCUCCAGACUUUCUACAGCGGCUAAUAUUGGGCACAUGGACACAGCCAAGGACAUGUGGAAGAUGAUCAUGGGGAACUUGGCCCUCAUCCAGGUCCAAGCCACAGUAGUGGGGUUCCUGGCCUCCAUAGCUGCUGUGAUCUUUGGCUGGAUCCCAGAGGGACACUUCAAGCUGGACCAUGCAGUGCUGUUGUGUGCCUCUAGUGUGGCCACCGCCUUCAUCGCUUCUCUGCUGCUAGGUCUCAUCAUGAUCGGCGUGAUUGUUGCAUCCAGAAAAGUCGGCAUCAACCCUGACAAUGUAGCCACGCCCAUCGCUGCUAGCCUAGGAGAUCUGAUCACCCUGUCCCUGCUGGCAGGCAUCUCAACAGGACUCUACAAAGAGCUAGAGUACAAUGAUUAUGCCAACCCUCUAGUGUGUGCAGUUUUUGUGGCGAUGUGCCCACUAUGGGUGCUGAUAGCCAGGAAGAUCCCAUCCACCAGAGAGGUCCUUUACUCCGGCUGGGAGCCAGUCAUCAUCGCCAUGGCCAUCAGCAGUGUCGGUGGUCUGAUCCUCGACAAAACUGUCACCAACCCAAACUUUGCUGGCAUGGCUGUCUUCACUCCAGUCAUCAACGGUGUGGGAGGUAACCUGGUAGCAGUUCAGGCAAGUCGAAUCUCCACCUAUCUACACAUGAACGGUAUACCCAUGGGGGAUCCCAACCCAACCCCCAGGAAGUGUCCCACACCCUGCACCUCCUUCUUUGGUUCCACUGUGAACUCCCGUUCAGCCCGUGUACUUUUCCUGCUGGUUGCCCCGGGGCACCUCGUCUUCCUCUACACCAUCAACUCCCUGAGGGGGGGACACACCACCCUCACACCCAUCUUCAUUACCUUCUACCUGUUUGCUGCACUACUCCAGGUCAUGAUCCUCCUCUACCUGGCAGACUGGAUGGUCCACUGGAUGUGGGGUCGGGGCAUGGACCCUGACAACUUUUCCAUCCCGUACCUGACCGCCCUGGGUGACCUGCUGGGGACUGGCUUCCUAGCCCUGUGCUUCCACUUGCGCUGGUUCAUCGGGGACAGAGACAGUAACUUGGGCAACUGAAUGCAUGCACAGAUACACGCUCACACACACACACAUAAAAACAACUUAAAUCCUUACUGUAUCCUUGCACGCUCGAGCAGUGACGAACACCACUCGCAUUGCCUGAACACUGAAACUGGACAUCUACAACGAAAGGGCUAAACUCCUGUCAGGCUCUGACUGACGCUGCACGUAGUGCACGUAGCAUUUCAUCUUCGGGAUAUCAGGACACUGUUGCUCAGCAGCAGCCCAGAAAUCCACCUUAGAGAAAAUGGAAUGUCUUCACCUCAACCACGCAACAAAACCCCACCUGUGACGGAUUCAUUACUCCACCGUUAUUUUACUUAAUAAAUGAGUCCUUCCACUUUUGUUAUCAUACCAUUGACAAUGAUUGUUAUUGUUCAAAAAGAUGCAUUUGAUAGCUGAUAUAUGAAUGGAUAUUUGUUCUAUGUGCACGGCCAGUCCUCAUUAUUUUCAAUGGGAACAUUCGCCGUCUUGUUUUUAAAAACAUUUAACACUUGAAACCUUGACAGAAAAAAGACAGCAAAAAGAAAAAACAUCCAAACAAGCCUAGAAUGCAUAAUCACCAAGUGCUACUUCACGUAUAUAGAAUGAUAAUUAUAUGAGAUCUAAUGGAAAAUCUGAUUUACUAGAACCUAUAGGACUGUCCUCCUAGUAGGGAGCUGUUUUAGGGGGUUUCACUAUCGGAGACUGGACCACCAACUAGCUAAAUCCCUUUUUAACAUUGUUUCCAUGGGUGGACGGCUUCAUUUGAGUCAGAGUGUGAAAAUGAAGAUGUGAGGCUUUGUUUUCCGUAGCUGUUCACGCCCAUUUCUGGCAUUUAAAAUAAGGAGUACCAGACCUGAGGGGAGUCCAGCACUUCAGACAGUCACUAUAACAAUGGACUCGUCUCUUAGUUUUAACAUGAUGUGUUGGAAAUCACAUAAUUAGUUUAUUUAGCAGGUUACAGGUUACACUGCUUCCAUCGUUGGCCAACUGUGCUCAUAAAACAUCCUUAUUCACAGAAAAAACAAGCAAAUACACUUUAGAAAAAAUAAAUAUGUGUGUAAUGGCUGUGUGACUGUCAGUCAGGAGUGUAUCAAUCUGGAGCUCCACUUGUGGGGCCAAGAAGUCAGCAAAGGUCGAACUGUACCCUGAGCGGUUCCAGGUGAGAACAGCACCAGUGCCCCUGUAUGUAAGCAUCUGCCAACUUUCUACUGAACAAACAAAACGUUUGUUGCGGUGUUUCCCAAGCCAGGCUUUCAGUAAGUGACAAGAGGCUCAACACGCUGUAGUGCACUGGAACAAGCCUGCAGAGUUGGGACAGAGUCUGAAAGUGUGUUAAGUUGUCUUAGCCAGGCCGCCAGGUUAUGCUGACUCGUAUUCAGUCUGGCACCAGAUGAAAGGUAAUGAUGGCAGAUAUUUUGUGUGGAUAUUUGGCCGUACUAAAUGUUUGGUUCCCACAGAGCAAUUAGGCCACGUUAGAGUAGUGAAUUAAGGGACAGCUCAAGGAACUGCGUCAGGUCAUAGGAGGAUAUGGGAAAGAAUUUGAGGCAAUUCAGAUUCAUGCAAAUGUCAACAUAAUUGUCCAAAUACUUCGUAAUUCUAAAUUCUUCUGCCUGAAAACCCGGUGAGACUACACAGUGAAGUCCCACAUGUAGCAGUUAAAUCUCCUGCAGAAUUGCAAUAAUCAGAUGCAGCAAAUUUGAGUUCUAACCCUUGACCCACAUAGAGUCAUAGCUCACUAACCAGCAAUAACCCUCUGCUACUAUAAAAUGCUGAAUAAAAAUGUGGUUUGGAGAUUUCUGUAGUAUAGAAUAGUAACAGUAGAACUGGUUUUGUACACGGAUACGGCCAUUGUGGAGUUUCCUGUGCUCCUUGUUCUUGGGCAGAUUUCACCAGGAGACCUGGUUUUGUCCUUCCAUUGAAAUACAUGCUAAGUUAGGUUAAUACCCCCCGAGAAAAAAAAGAGUAAUUCAAGAAAAAAAAAGUUUUGUCGUUGUAGUUUAACACUACAAUAAGUUAAUUAAUUAAGUUAAUUAAUUAACUUAUUGUCAUGAUGCUAACAGUUCACUAAGCUAUCUAAGCUGUCAGUUAGCAAUUGUUAGCUUAGUUUAAAAGAAAGAAAGUUGAGAUUCUUUCAGACUCUCAAAAGCUUCCUAUGUCAGUAAUAAGUGACAGGAAAAGAUGGAAAGACACAGUAUAUAGGACAGAGUCACAAAGCAGAAGCUGUUUUAUGAAAGUGAAUAUAGUUUGUAGCUUUCCUACAAAUAUAGGAUUUGGGUGUGAAAUCACAUUGUCAAUAGGAAACUGCUUUUUAACAAAUCCCAGAACGUUGAUUCUGUUGAUCUGGACGUAGUGUUUUCAGAUCAACGGCGACUGCAGGUUUCUCCAGCCUUGUAAACAGUAUAUUUGCACUGACUAACUCCUUUGUAACAUAGUAGCUCUGUUUCUUUUGAUUUGACUGCAUUGGUUUGCAAAAUGCCAAACUCUUCCACCUUUUUUUUCUCGAGUACAGACUAAUGUUACCAUUCUAGUGCUUGGUGUGAUUGAGCACUGAGGCAGAAUUCAUUAUUAGUUGUUACUUUUCCCCAGUUAUGCCAAAGUGUGUAUUUUCCCUUUUGUUUUUGAAAUGAUGUCUGAUAAUAAGGGAGGAAAGUGUUUCAUAGGAGUAACUGAAUACUAUUUAACCACAUUUUAAUCGUCAUUGACAUAAUGAGAUAACUUUAGCGUGUGCCCCACAUCCACACAACUGAUCUGCCAUCAGCUAACUCUGUAUUCAAGGGCUCGCAGGUGAGGAGGAGAAUGAAACGGCAAGUGGUGAGCCAUGUUGACAGACUGUAUCGAGUGCCGGUGUCAGUCCAGGAGAAACCUGCAUGUGAUGCUUGACUUAACUGUUUCCAAAGGGGGCCAGCAGAAUGCAUGUGCAGGGAACAUGGUGUGAAUGUGCAAAACUUGAUUAUUUUAUCUGUUUAAAAUCUUUGAUCUCAUGAUGUUUUUUAAAGUGUCAAUUAUGUUAAAAUUGUGAUUUUUUUUCUUUGUUUUCCUUUAAUUCUUUGCCUCCUUUCUUCUUAACGCUUCAUUAUUAUUGUUUUUUGUCAUGAAUUUGAUCAAACAACCACUGUAAACACUGUCUCCAAGCUGGUCAAAUGCAACAUUGUACUGUAAUCUGCAAAACCGCCUCCAGAGGGCACUGCAGGGAUUCUCCUACCUGUACAUCUCCUGUGUGUGUCCUCUGGAUUCACAUCCACAGCUGGAGUGACAUCAUUGGUUUUGUCUGCUUUUCUACAGUGUUUAACUUGUAAGAGUUGCACCCCUCCACCCCUCCACUCUCUUACUGACCAGGUGCCAGCAUUCUGCCUCGACGUCAAUGGAAAGUUGUGAAUACUUCAAAAAUGGGGCAUGUAAUGCUUUAUUUAUUUUUAGAAGCACACAAAGCAAAUUGUACAUACUAUAUUUAUUCUAUAUAUAAGGUUGUUUAUUUUUAAUUUUGGCUCAAUAUCAUGGUCACCAUGUCUUCGUUCUAUUCUUUGCUGAAGGCCAGUAGAGCUUUUUUGCACUCUCUGCGAUAGAAUUGCAGUGAGGCUAAUGACUAGCACAGUGCCUAAUACCUGUCCUUACACACCUCACACGCCCUAUCUCGCACAGGGAAAGCAUACUUAUGAGACAUAGAAUGGCCUUAACCAAUCAGAGCCAAGCUCUAUUCAGAAUAACUAAUCAGGAACUAGGUUUAUUUAGCUCUGAUUUUAAAAAACAAAAACAAAAAAACAACUGUACAAUAUGUUGAUUAUGUGUAAUGUAAUAAUGAUUUUAUAUGACGCUGCAGUGGAGAUCAGUUCUUGUUCAGUUCGGAAGCUGGUUGACCCCCCAGCAAGUUGCUUUACACGGCAUCUGGGAAGUCUGGGAUUAGAAAUAAAGAGUCCAACACACCUAAAGAAAACACAGAGUUUUCUGGUUCUUUGUCUUCUUAUGAAUCCAGAUGUAUCCUUCCCUCUAUCUUACAUAUCCAGCCUUUAAAACCCCCCCACCCACCUGCUGCCUUGUUAACCUCAGUGCUUCGAAUCGUUGAACCCCUGAACUCACAGGGAACCACGCUGACCCCCAGACUGCCAUCGCUGACUUUAAAUAUCAGCUUUUGACUCUUAAUGUCAAAAUUAUUUUAAACACAUGUACAGUCUUACUGGGUCUGAGGUCUUUGUGUUCUCUGUGUGUUCCUUUUGUAAAAGCCUCCCUCUGUGAGGCAGGAGGAAGGCUUUCUUCCUGCAGGACUUUGUAAAUUGCUGAAAAUAAAUAAACUAUAUUAUUU